CACAAGGAGAUGCGGCACCAGAAGCUCUACACGCAGUACACCGUGAACCCGCUCCAACCCGUUUACACAGUCACCAGGAAGCCAAUGUCUUGGCAUGACAAUAUAGACGAGCCAACAGAUGACGAGUUCCUGAAACUUUUUCACCGCGCAGCACUGCAGCCAAGACAGAAAUAUUCAGAGCCGCAAACUGAAAGCCAAGAAAUUGGCUGGAACACAACACCUCUGAUUCCUGUGGACCGUAAUGAUUGCAGACUCCACUUCCCACGCCGGAAAACCGAGUUCACUACAUAAAUGGCUGCCCUGGGGCAUGGGGAGGAGGAGAGUAAGAACCUUCAGUAGUAGGGGGGAAAGCCACAAACUCAGAUAGACAUCUAAUGUGUUAGGCCUGCUUGUUAAUAGGCAAGUCUGGUAGACUUCUAGUAACAGACAAUAGAAAAGGGAAGGGAGAACCUCAGUCUGUCCAGAUUUGCAGCCUGACAACACUGACAGAAAUAAACUUAUAAGACUGC